AGAUAAUUCUGGUUUUCAUAUAAUUGUUACCACUUUUAAUGAUAAUCAUAACCAGGAUCUAUCUUAUGAAGCAAUACAAUUUGAAAAAAAAAGAGAACCAAGAAAAAAAAAAGGACGAAAGUGA